GGGGGCGGCGUCCGGAACCCGGAGGAAACGGGCGGAGGCCCCGUCCCCAUCUAGAUAAUUUUAGGGGCGAAAGCCCCUCCCCCCAGCUUGGGGAAGGGGAGAGCGGGGCUUCGGUCGCCCCCUGCAGCGGCCGCUGCCCCGAGCCGAUGGGCCUCGGCCGGCUCUCCCCCUCCUACCGGGCCGGCAAGAGAGACCCAGGCCAGGGACGCCCCUGCACCCCGCAUCCCCGGCUCGGGCCUGCCGAGGGAGGGAACACCCCCGACCCGGUCUGCCCUGGAGGGGAGAGAGAUGGAGUGAGAGGCCCGUCAAGGGCGAGAGUCUCUCCUUGAGGAGGAAGGGCCUGCCACACUCCACUCCCGAGCCCUGCACCCCGAAAUACCCGCGGCUCUGUGUUUAUUCGCCCGGCCCCCUGUCUCCUGGAUUCAGGCCCCCUCUGUGCCAUGGAGAGUAACCUGUCCGGCCUGGUGCCGGCCGCGGGACUGGUGCCUGCGCUUCCGCCGGCGGUGACCCUGGGACUGACGGCCGCCUACACCACCCUGUACGCCCUGCUCUUCUUCUCGGUCUAUGCCCAGCUCUGGCUGGUGCUGCUCUACGGGCACAAGCGGCUCAGCUACCAGACGGUGUUCCUGGCGCUCUGUCUGCUCUGGGCGGCCUUGCGGACCACGCUCUUCUCCUUCUACUUCCGAGACACGCCCCGGGCCAACCGGCUGGGGCCCCUGCCCUUCUGGCUCCUAUACUGCUGCCCCGUCUGCCUGCAGUUCUUCACCCUGACGCUUAUGAACCUCUACUUCGCGCAGGUGGUGUUCAAGGCCAAGGCGAAGCGGCGGCCGGAGAUGAGCCGCGGCUUGCUGGCCGUCCGAGGGGCCUUCGUGGGGGCCUCGCUCCUCUUCCUGCUGGUGAACGUGCUGUGUGCAGUGCUGUCCCGCCGGCGCCGGGCCCAGCCCUGGGCACUGCUGCUGGUGCGUGUCCUGGUGAGCGACUCCCUCUUCGUCAUCUGCGCCCUCUCUCUCGCUGCCUGCCUCUGCCUGGUCGCCCGGCGGGCCCCCUCCACCAGCAUCUACCUGGAGGCAAAGGGGACCAGCGUGUGCCAGGCAGCUGCCAUGGGUGGUGCCAUGGUCCUGCUUUAUGCCAGCCGGGCCUGCUACAACCUGGCGGCCCUGGCCUUGGCCCCCCGGAGCCGGCUGGAUGCCUUCGAUUACGACUGGUACAACGUGUCUGACCAGGCGGACCUGGUGAACGACCUGGGGAACAAGGGCUACCUGGUGUUCGGCCUCAUCCUCUUCGUGUGGGAGCUGCUGCCCACCACCCUGCUGGUGGGCUUCUUCCGGGUGCACCGGCCCCCACAGGACCUGAGCGCCAGCCACAUCCUCAGCGGGCAGGGCUUCGGCUCCCGUUCCUACUUCUUCGACCGGGCUGGGCAGUGUGAGGAUGAGGGCUGCUCCUGGGAACACAGCCAGGCCGAGAGCACCAGGUGCCGGGACCCGGCGGCCACCACCACAGCCUCUACUCCACCCCACAGACGUGACUCUCCCCCUUACCCCCCUGGGUACCCGGCCCCCGGCCCCCCUGCCCCCAGGCCCCUGUGCCAAGUUCACCUGCCGCUUCUUGCCCAGGAUCCCGGGGCCGGGGCCGCCCACCCCUUCUGGCCGGCUCCUUGCUGCUCCCAUCGUAGUGAGCUUGUGCUACCCCCCUAGGACGGGGGGCACAGCCCCGGCUGCCAGAUGCCCUCAGCGCCCUGGCAUGACUGGCAUGACUGGCACCUCCACCUCCGUCCGGAGUCAGCUACCUCUCCUGUGCUGCCACUCAAUAAAGUGUCUGUGCCCCCACCGGUUUCCGCUGUCGGUCCUCUGCCCGGGGUCCCCUCACCUGAUCCCACGCUGUGGCCUGGCGGGCAGCAGGGGGAGGAGCCUGCAGUCCCGGAGGGAAGGGACAUCGGGAAAGACUUGCUUCUCGGAGCUCUCCUGGCCCACGGCAGCCCCAUCUCACUGCAGGCCCCCUGCUGGACCCCCACUCGUGAUUCCGGGGCCAAUACGUCAUAGCCCCAUGGAUUGGGCUGUUUCCCUACCGCCACCCCCACGCUGGCCUGCGGGUGCCGGGGUUAGUCCAGGACCUGCAGAGGAGCCGUUGGUGUGGUGGCUGAGAACACAGGGGACGGCACUGGCUGUGUCUGCCUGGGGGUCCUGGGGGCCCCCUUCCGACUGCCUCCCCUUCCAGCCCUGGCAGAUGUGUCUUGGGGCUGGCAGGCCUUUACCGAGGGUCUGUCUCCCAGGCAGCCCCUGCCGCCCCAAGUUCCUGGGGCCUAGCGCUGAGCCAGCCUGCAAAUCCUUCUUCCCUCAGGAGCGCCCUGGGCAGCAGGCCCGUGGGGCCCCCAAGAGGGCGGCUAGGACUUCAGCGGGGAGGUGGACACUUUUAACUUUUAAAGAAUUUAUUGAGGGGCCGGCGCUGUGGCAUAGCGGGUAAAGCCGCCGCCUGCAGUGCUGGCAUCCCAUAUGGGCACCGGUUCAAGUCCUGGCUGCUCCACUUCUAACCCAGCUCCCUGCUAAUGGCCUGGGAAAGCAGUAGAAGAGGGCCCAAGUGCUUGGGCCCCUGCACGCAUGUGGGAGACCCGGAAGAAGCUCCUGGCUCGGAGUGGUCCAACUCCGGCCGUGGCAGCCAUUUGAGGAGU